AUGCCCGGGACCACGACUACAGGGGUCACGACUAUACAAGGGAGCACGACUACAGGGGGCACGACUCUACAAGGGAGCACGACUACAGGGGGCACGACUCUACAAGGGAGCACGACUACAGGGGACACGACUAUACCAGGGACCACGACUACAGGGGACACGACUCUACAAGGGAGCACGACUACAGGGGACACGACUAUACCAGGGAGCACGACUACAGGGGACACGACUCUACAAGGGAGCACGACUACAGGGGACACGACUAUACAAGGGAGCACGACUACAGGGGACACGACUCUACAAGGGAGCACGACUACAGGGGACACGACUAUACCAGGGAGCACGAGUACAGGGGACACGACUCUACCAGGGAGCACGACUACAGGGGACACGACUAUACCUGGGAGCACGAGUACAGGGGACACGACUAUACCAGGGAGCACGACUUCAGGGGUCACCACUAUACCUGGGGGCACGACUACAGGGGACACGACUAUACCUGGGAGCACGACUACAGGGGUCACCACUAUACCUGGGAGCACGACUACAGGGGGCACGACUCUACAAGGAAGCACGACUACAGGGGACACGACUCUACAAGGGAGCACGAGUACAGGGGACACGACUAUACCAGGGAGCACGAGUACAGGGGUCACCACUAUACCUGGGAGCACGAGUACAGGGGUCACCACUAUACCUGGGAGCACGAGUACAGGGGCCACGACUAUACCAGGGAGCACGAGUACAGGGGUCACCACUAUACCAGGGACCACGACUACAGGGGACACGACUCUACCAGGGAGAACGACUACAGGGGUCACCACUAUACCUGAGAGCACGAGUACAGGGGUCACCACUAUACCUGAGAGCACGAGUACAGGGGUCACUACUAUACCAGGGAGCACGACUUCAGGGGUCACCACUAUACCUGGGAGCACGAGUACAGGGGUCACCACUAUAUCUGGGAGCACGAGUACAGGGGUCACCACUAUACCUGGGGGCACGACUACAGGGGUCGCCACUAUACCAGGGAGCACGAGUACAGGGGACACGGCUAUACCAGGGACCACGACUACAGGGGUCACGACUAUACAAGGGGACAAAACUACAGGGGGUACGAAUACACCCGGGGGCACGAGUACAGGGGACACGACUAUACCAGGGAGCACGAGUACAGGGGUCACCACUAUACCUGGGAGCACGAGUACAGGGGUCACCACUAUACCUGGGAGCACGAGUACAGGGGCCACGACUAUACCAGGGAGCACGAGUACAGGGGUCACCACUAUACCAGGGACCACGACUACAGGGGACACGACUCUACAAGGGAGAACGACUACAGGGGUCACCACUAUACCUGAGAGCACGAGUACAGGGGUCACCACUAUACCUGAGAGCACGAGUACAGGGGUCACUACUAUACCAGGGAGCACGACUUCAGGGGUCACCACUAUACCUGGGAGCACGAGUACAGGGGUCACCACUAUAUCUGGGAGCACGAGUACAGGGGUCACCACUAUACCUGGGGGCACGACUACAGGUGUCGCCACUAUACCAGGGAGCACGAGUACAGGGGACACGGCUAUACCAGGGACCACGACUACAGGGGUCACGACUAUACAAGGGGACAAAACUACAGGGGGUACGAAUACACCCGGGGGCACGGCUACAGGGGGAACGACUGCAGCACCUACAUCUUCUCUACUCGUCACUCCAAGAAGGGUUAUACCGUCCCAGUUGGUUAUGGACUUACCUUUUCGACCAGUGUACAACGACAGGACAGCAGUUGAAUUCAUGGCGCUUGAGAAUGCUUUUAUACAAUCGGUUUCUCCAGUGUUUGUCGGGCAGCCAGCAUACGUUGAUAUUAGACUGAUCCAAUUCAUCCCGGGAAGCGUUGUGGCCAGGUUCGUUACCGUCUUCAGCACAGUAGGAUCGGAACCAGACUUGAUUAUUACUCAGAAAGCUAGGGCCCAUCUACAACAACUAAUCAACAACGGAACGUUCGUCAACACACUGAACUUCACAGGUGGAGUUGGACUACAGCAAACUACGCUUACCGCAGAAGAGCUUCAUCUGAUAUCAAACGACCCAAGUUUUUGUAAUCUAACGUGUGGGGAGGGUAGUUUCUGUCAGCUGAGUGAAAAGUACCCAGGCGUAGUGAUCUCGGAGUGUGCGUGUGAAGAGAACUACUACCCGGCUGGCAACGGUGUCUGUCAGGUAAACACACACAUUUCCUAA